GUCGGCCAUCUUGUCGGCAAAACACGAGGUUCAAAGGAUUGCGCUACUCUGCUCCGUAGGAGCUAUAUAGUGCUCUAGUGCGUGUUUCACCGCUAGCGCCCUCUUUUCACAGCCCAAAUAAUAGAUAAUGCGCGCUCAAAGACCCAUCUCGUCAAUUUCCAUAGUAACACGGACACCAGCGAUGUUUUUCUGACGUUAAUUCCCCCGAACGACGAGCGCAUAUUUUACACUGCGCGAGCCUGAUUGGCCAGCGGCGAAGCCCGAGGACAGCUCUGAUUGGACAGCAGCAGCUACGCGUUCGGCUCGUACAAUAAUUUACUGCGUACCCGCUCGCAACUGUACGCGUAGUUCUUGGCGCGAACGUGCAUUCAUUCGUGGAUGCGCCAUACGUCGUCCUAGUCGCUACGUUCAACCUCUGCGCCACUUCCAGCAUGUCUUUAUCCACCGUCGACAUGAAUGUGCUGAACAAGCUGAAGAACACGACCUUAGGGGACAAAGAAAACCAGAUUCCCGAAGGCAAGACAGGGGAAUGCAAGGACAGCCUAAAAACAGAGAAAAGGCUGGCAAAGAAGACCGUCGUCGAGCUCGAGAAGCAGGAUGAGCCGCUGCUGCGCGAGAACCCCCGGCGCUUCGUCAUGUUUCCGAUCGUGUAUGAGGACAUCUGGCGCAUGUACAAGAAGGCCGAGGCCUCCUUCUGGACUGUGGAGGAGGUGGACCUGGGCAAGGACCUCCCCCACUGGGACGGGCUCAAGCCCGAGGAGCGGCACUUCAUCUCCCACAUCCUUGCCUUCUUCGCCGCCAGCGACGGCAUCGUUAACGAGAACCUGGUGGAGCGUUUCAGUCAGGAGGUCCAGGUGACGGAGGCGCGCUGCUUCUACGGCUUCCAAAUGGCUAUCGAGAAUGUGCACUCAGAGAUGUACAGCCUCCUCAUCGACACUUACAUCAAGGACCCUUCUGAAAGGGACCGUCUAUUCAACGCCGUUGAGACGAUGCCCUGCAUUAAGAGGAAGGCGGACUGGGCACUAAACUGGAUCAGCAACCGCAGCGCCACAUUUGGCGAGCGCAUCGUCGCGUUUGCAGCCGUCGAGGGCAUCUUCUUCUCGGGAUCGUUCGCAUCCAUCUUCUGGCUGAAGAAGCGGGGACUCAUGCCCGGCCUCACCUUCAGCAACGAGCUCAUCAGUCGGGACGAGGGCCUGCACACCGACUUCGCCUGUCUCAUGUUCAGUCAUCUGGUGAACAAGCCAUCUCAAGCGCGUGUGCGACAGAUCAUCUGCGACGCUGUCGUCAUCGAGCAGGAGUUCCUGACCGAUGCCCUUCCAGUGGCCCUGAUCGGCAUGAAUUGCGAGCUGAUGAAGCGCUACAUCGAGUUUGUCGCUGACCGUCUGCUUGUGGAGCUCGGCUGCGAAAAGGUGUACAACUCGGAGAACCCUUUCGACUUCAUGGAGCACAUUUCCUUGGAAGGGAAGACAAACUUCUUUGAGAAGAGGGUUGGGGAGUAUCAGAAGGCCGGAGUGAUGGCCAACAAAGAAGAACAGGUGUUUACACUGGACGCAGACUUUUGAAGAAAUUGGCGAGGGGCAGCGAUGGUUGCGAAUUUCUGAGGACUGACCUUGUUUAUGUCGAGUUCUUUGGUCUGGCACGCGUUUGGGCCUUAUCGUAUUUAUAUGGCGCCAUUUUUUGUUUAGGGAUUGUCACAUGUAUAUGAAUGUCAUUUUAAAUUUUUUUUUUUUUUGUCAUUUGCUCAUUUACGUUUGAGACGCACAGUGUUGACAGCGAGACACAGGUAUUAAGUGUUGCGCAUAGCCCUUCUGAUGAUUUUGCAUUUACUUUUUUUAGGCACAUUGUGUUGACGAUAUAAUGCCGCUUUUGGAUGUUGUACAUAGCUUCUGCCAAGACUUAAAUUAGUUUUUCUUUUUUUAUUGGGGUUUAUUUUAUUUUUAUUUUUUGGCAAACCGUGCUGAUGGUAGGGCGCAGAUUUUGGAUGUUGUACAUAGUCUGCUACAUAGGCGGUGCAUAUCAGAUGGGUGUGUUUGACACUUUUUGUCAGUCCAGUGACAUUUUUCGUUCCUCCGCAGCACUACACCACUGGAUCCUUUUUUAUGCAUCAAAAGGUGAUAUAUUUUACAAUAAAGUUACUGUCUUCUG